AAAUAAGAACCUUAUGUAUCCCGUGACUUGCCUUUUAGAGAUCGAAACGGUGAGACUAACGGCUAGCUAAUUCCACAUAUCACACUACGCCAUGGUCUAAGCCCAACAAGCGGUGGAUCUCUCACGUGAAAUUCACCGUUUUUACACCACGUCUAGUUCUGUACUCCCAUGCAAAUCUUAAGCGUCCCUACCAACCAACAUAUAAACCCACUAAGUUCUCCUUCACCUCUAAUUUGGUGAAAAAACAAACUACAUCCAUGGAAGCUUUAGAGCAGAAAUGGAAGCGAACAACACAUCAACCAAUUCUCCUCCCCCUGUGCACAUGUUUCGCCAUUUUUGUACUUUGCACGGCCAUGGUUUUCAAGAUUAAGACUCGAAGAAAACAAGUGAUGGACCAUGGCACAAUCGAAGUUAGCUCCAAGGAUGAAAAAUGGUUCGAGCCCAGUUGUAAUUGGGCCAAUUGUGUACCGAUAAGAAGGGCAUUAGUGGGCUCGGUGAGGUGGAGUUGCGCAAAAAGGUGGGAGGAAGGUAACUUUGGUGGUGGGUGGAGGGAGAAAAAAACGCCACUUCUUGGCUUGGAAAACAGCCGCGAGGAUGGCAUUGGCCGGCUGAGUUACAACCCGGUGUCCCCGGUGUGGCAGCGGCCCAUACUUAUGGGGGAGAGAUGUCAGCUGCCGAGGUUCAGUGGGCUGAUUUUGUAUGAUGACAAAGGCCGGUUGCUUGAUCAUUCCGCUAAAAGAACACGUCUCAAAAACAACAAUACUCACCAAGCAAAACCAGCUACUGUAUCGAGAACAACUCUCAGAGAUUUGCUACAAUUUCCUUUUCAGUCUGGGCUUCAAUAGAUAAUGUGAUUCAUCAAUUUCCUUCUGCAAUAAGAAUCUUCAUGUAUAAAGAAACUUGCUUCCUUCUGAAAUAAGAAUUCUACUGUAUAGACAAUUCACCACUAGCAUCUCCAUCAAUGCCUUGCCAACUAUAUAACAACUGUAGAGAAACAAGUAAAGCGGAACACCCGCAAAGUAAUUCGCAAUUUCAUUGUUUAUUUGCAAAAGAAACUGAGAAUGCAAUCAUGAUAUAAUUAGUUUUACAUAAUAAAGAAUACAGAUGCUUCACCAAAUUUUGUAUAUUAACAUUCAACACCGCUCGAUUUGGCAGAGUGGCAGAGAAACCAGAAGCCAUUCACAGCCUUCUUGCGUUGCAUAGCAAGAAAUUAGAAGAAAUCAACCAUGAUCUGAUGAAGAUCUCCCAGCUUUUAGUCAGAAAUUAUCUGAACAAACUGCACUUGGGAAAAAAA